GAGGGCAGGCUGUUUGGUUGCCCCUUUAGUCGCGUUUGAAGAGCUGUCUUGCAGGAGUGGAAGCGCACACGGGACAAGCCUGCGAAUCUCCCUUUGCCUGUGGAUAGUGGAAUGUGACAGUUGCCUGGAAACACAAUGGCACAUGGGAACGUUUGCACCGUGACACUGGGUGUUCUACUGAGCUGCUCCGUCGUGGCGCUGGGGGUUCAUGGCUUUCCCGAGGAGGAGAAGAACCCUGCAUACUGGAACACGUGGGCCCAGCGCUCGCUCAAGCAGGCCCUGCAGCUGCAGGAGCUCAACAAGAACGUGGCCAAGAACGUCAUCUUCUUCCUCGGGGACGGCAUGGGGAUCCCCACGGUGACGGCGGCUCGGAUCCUGAAGGGCCAGCUGAGUGGCCAGAGUGGGGAGGAGUACCAGAUGGAGAUGGACAAGUUCCCCUACGUAGCGCUCUCCAAGACGUACAACACGGAUGCCCAGGUGCCAGACAGUGCGGGCACUGCCACAGCCUACCUGUGCGGGGUGAAGGCCAACGAGGGCACGGUCGGGGUGAGCGCGGCCGCCAUGAAGUCCCAGUGCAACACCACCCGGGGCAACGAGGUCACCUCCAUCCUCAGAUGGGCCAAGGAUGCAGGAAAGUCGGUGGGAGUCGUCACGACAACACGCAUCAAUCACGCCACGCCCAGUGCCGCUUACGCCCACUGCGUGGACCGCGAUUGGUUCUCAGACGGCGAGAUGCCCCAGGAAGCUCUGGACUCGGGCUGCAAAGACAUCGCCAGGCAGCUCUUUGAGAACAUUCCAGAAAUCAAUGUGAUCAUGGGUGGCGGCAGGAAGUACAUGUACCCCAAAGACACGCCUGACGUGGAGUACCCCAAUGAGAAGGCUCACUCAGGCACACGCAGAGAUGGAAGACGACUGGUGGAUGAGUGGAAAGAAAAGAUGAAAGACAAAAGUGCCCACUACGUCUGGAACAAGAAGGAACUCCUCUCUCUGAACCCCAGCAAGGUGGAUUACAUCCUGGGCCUUUUUAAGCCGUCUGACCUGCCGUUCGACCUGGAGAGGAACAAGGAGACGGAUCCCUCUCUGACAGAGAUGGUGGACGUGGCCAUCAAAAUCCUCAAGAAGAACCGCAACGGAUUCUUCCUCUUGGUGGAGGGGGGACGUAUCGACCACGGCCACCAUGACGGCAAAGCCAAGCAGGCGCUGUAUGAGACGGUGGAGAUGGAUCGCGCCAUUGGCCGAGCAGGCCUGCUGACCAGCACCCACGACACCCUCACCAUCGUGUCUGCCGAUCACUCACACGUCUUCAACUUUGGAGGCUACACAAAACGGGGGAAUAACAUCUUUGGCUUGGCUCCGAUGCUGAGCGAUAUCGACCAGAAACCCUUCACGUCCAUCCUCUAUGGGAACGGGCCGGGCUUCAAGGUGGUGAACGGCGCCAGGGAGAACGUCUCCACCGUGGACUACGAGCAAAACAACUACCAGGCCCAAUCCGCGGUGCCGCUGCGCUACGAGACGCACGGUGGCGAGGACGUGGCCAUCUUCGCCAAGGGCCCGCUGGCGCACCUCUUCCACGGCGUGCAGGAGCAGAACUACAUCCCGCACGUGCUGGCCUACGCCGCCUGCAUCGGCAGCAACCGCGACCACUGCCGCUCCUCCUCCGCCGCAGACUCCUCCUCCUCCGCCCUCGUCGCCACCACCACCCUCCUCCUGCCCGCGCUGCUCUCCUCCGCCCUCACGCUAGCCUGGCUGCAGUGCUGACAGCCAUGACACAGCAACAUGCACGCCGACCCCCCCCACCCCACCACACCCCAUACCUUCCUCCCACUACCCUACACUGCCCUUUCAAUUCAGUGACGGGCCAAAUGGAUUGGUUAGUUUACAAUCCAGUGCCACUGGUGAUGGGCAGCCUGCUUUCAGAAGCUAUAAUCCAGGGCCACAUGUUCCAAAAGACCUGGCUGUACCUGUUAGGCCAGUCGCACAUUGGCUUCGACAGCACUGCGGCACACUUUCGCUUCCGACAUAAUUCGGACCCCCAAACCCAAUUUCACACGAACAUAGCAUUGAAAGUCAAUGGGCGGUGCCGACAAAAUAGAACUUGUCUCUAAUUGCUAUCCGACAUCGGCGAAUGUCCGCGGACAUUGUUGGGGUUCUAUUGAAAACAAUGGAAUCGAACUUUUGCAGAGCAGUGCGCAGCACUUUGUCGGAGCCUAUGUGCGGAAGCCCUUACCGAUUACCUCUGGACAGGUACAACCAGGUCAUUUGGAAUAUACGGCACUGGAUUGUAGCUUCUGAAUCACGGUUGGCCAUCACUGCCUGUCACCCUGUCCUAUACCCCAGGCUCUGCCGCAGAGAAACCAGCACCGGUGUCAAUCCCAGAUUCAGGAGGUUAGCUUUACAAAUCGUGUCAUGUCUUUCUUCUCUUCUCUUUUCCCUGUGCACUGCUGCACUCGGUGAUUUUUGUUAAUUAGUGGAUUUAAUCUUUGCGAUGUUUUAGCACUCUUAUUAGGAUCACCUGGAUCAGAUCAAACGAUGUGGCAGGAUUUAGUGAAGCUGGGAUUGACACCCCACAGAGCAUUAGUAUGCACUGUAUAAACACACAUAAAUGCGUGGGCACACACACAUACACACACACACACACACACACACACACACACACACACACACACACACACACACACACACACACACACACACACACACACACACACACACACACACACACACACACACACACACGCACGCAUACACACACACACACACACACACACACGAAGGUGCAUAAUGCAUAAAUAUUCUCACACCCACACUUGGUAGAAUGAACCGUUUUAACAUGCAUAACUACACACAGGCAUCAACAUUCUUAUGCAUUGCACACACAUGCACACAGACACACAAUCAGUCGCUGUAACCUUUCACUCCCCCUGUAUCAUUUAGAUGGAAUCCUGCACUCCCUCUAAAUAGAUUUUUAAAUUGUAAAUUGUAUUCAUUUUUAAAGCAAUUCUGUACAGUUUAUAGACAAAGGGACCAACCCAAGGGCUUUUAAAGGACUUGAUGCAGCCAGUAUGGAAAGAAAAAAAAGAGAAAAGAAUGAGAGUUGCAAAGAUAGAACACAAGGAAGGAACACAAAGGUGUCCAUGACAUUUUAAAAGGUCAAUCAAAACGAGCACAGAAGUGGUUGCAUUACAGAAAGGCUAUAGUUUUGUUUUUUUGUGUUUUUUUCUCUGUUGUUUUUCACUGUUGUCAUAUAAUGCCAUCUUUAUUAUUCUGUGUGUUCAGCCAAAUACAUGAAACUCUGGAGCUUUUGUGAAAAUGUACCUCGGUGUGCACUUCGAGAGAGCAGAAAAAUACAUUGUUUUUUUUUCAAACACAUUGUUCCCCUGACUGCACUUCACUACAUACCGUACGGUACUCAGAUCAACCCAGUCAACUCCAGAGACAUCUAGCUUUCUUUCAGAUGUUUAAUAUGAAAAUGCUGUGUUGCGUGAUCAAGUCAUUAAAAGAAAAGGUUUCAGUCCACUGGCAAUUACAGAAGGGUGAUUAGACGAACUCACAUUGAGGUUUAUUGGGAGCUUGUGUGGUAUUACGCCUUUUCUAAUUCAUCUUUUCUUAAUUGGUCGUAAAAGCGAACAGAAAAACACAUCUCGUAAGCAUUCUUUGUGUUUAGAAAUCAUCUGGAUUUCCAAAAGCCAACAGCGCUUUUUCAUAAGUUUAAAAUGUGGUGGGAGUAAUCAAGGACAACCAUGCCAGAAAAUCACUCUUUCAAAUGAAUACUCUCGUUUUUUUUCAACCACAGACUAAAGAUGGCUGAAACACAAAUGAAACACAGUAGAUAUCUGUGGAAAAAGUGGGUUCCCCUUGCCAAUAAAAACACCAUGUCCGUUUUUCUAA